AUGAUCUAUAAAACGCACACAGAUACAUACAAGCACGGACACUCUCACUGUCAAUCUCUUAUUCUUGAAAAUUCCCCUAUUCUCACCCAAUCUCUUGUACGCGCCCACUCUCUUACUUUCGCUCACCCACUCUUAUUCUUGCUCAAUCUUUUUAAGCCACUAUUUUGCUCUCUCUUACUAUCAUAUAUCCUCUUACUCACGUAUUCUCCACCACUCUCCUAUUCCCAUACACCCUUGCUCUCACUCUCCUUCCCUCAUUACUCUCCUUCUCUCAUUACUCUCCUUAGCCACUUACUCUCCUUUUCUCAUUUACUCUCCUACCAUCACUCAUUCUCCCUUACUCUUGUUUACCCUCAUAUUCUUACUCGCUCUCUUAUUCUCAUUACUGCUCUUAUUCUCGUUCACCUUCAUAUUCUCUCUCUCUCUCACACUUAUCCUCAAACUCUCACUCAUUCUCUUACACUUGCAUACUUACCUUCUUACCACUCGCUCGUUCAAAGACUCCCUCACCAUCACACUGUCAGUCUUUCUCGACCACUCCUGAUCACUCACUCUUGCUUACUCUCUCUCACUCUCUCUUUUUGUUUUUCUCUCUCUUUCUCUCCCUCACAUACACACACACGAUUUCUGGAGUAG